CCUCCGCACUCAAGCUCGCCGACAAUGCCCCCGAAGAAAGCCAAGGCACCCAAGGAAGAGGCCGCCGUCUCGCUCGGCCCUCAAGUCGCUGAAGGCGAGCUCGUGUUCGGCGUCGCGCACAUCUUCGCGUCGUUCAACGACACCUUCGUGCACGUCACUGAUCUCUCUGGCAAGGAAACCAUCUCGCGUGUUACUGGUGGUAUGAAGGUCAAGGCUGACCGUGACGAGUCUUCGCCGUACGCCGCCAUGUUGGCUGCUCAGGACGUCGCUGCCCGGUGCCGUGAGGUCGGGAUCACAGCUCUGCACAUCAAACUCCGUGCCACCGGUGGAACUGGCACCAAGACCCCCGGCCCUGGUGCGCAGAGUGCCCUUCGUGCUCUUGCCCGUGCUGGCAUGCGCAUUGGCCGUAUCGAGGACGUUACCCCCGUGCCCACCGACUCUACCCGUCGCAAGGGUGGUCGCCGUGGUCGUCGUCUAUGAUCUACUAAGCUAUGCUAUAUCCAGAGACUCCAAAAGGCCUUUGGGAUCAUUGUUGCAUGUAUGCUUGUAUGUUUGCAAUGAUGAAUAUGUCGCCGCUCGACACGCAGCGGGAUUUCAACCCUGCUCCGUGGUCGAGCAUUGUUCUGUGAUAUUACCUCUUGUGAUAUAAGCUGCUCAGUGAUCUACCAAAA